GUUAUGACGACAGACUGCUAUUGUCCUUUUGUGUUGUAAGACGGGCAAUCUACACCAAACGUAUUAUGUGCCUUGAAGUGGGCUUACAUAGGUAAACCAGGUUUAGAAUCCUGACUCUAUGCCUACAGUAGGCUUAUAGUGCAAGUUAUAUAAAAUAGACUGUUUCUGUUCAUAAUACACAAUAGCCCUACUAGUUAUAGUAAGACGGGGUAAGGUAAGAUUUCCAGUCUAUUUGUUUGUCCCAUUUUGAUGGGCUCUAUGUAUAAACGGUAUCCUAUCUUACCCUACAUUACUAUAAAAGCAUAGGAGAACUUAGUUCACCCUAUUAAAGGUAUUGUUCGCUUAUACUUUCUUAAUAUACAGCCUAUACAAACAAAAAACGUGUUGUAUUUAAUUGGUUAAAUACAUAAUUCUUUAAGUGUACUCGCAUGGAUAUAAAACGACUACUCAAAAACCUUGGCAAUUCAGUAUAAUUUGGAUUCUAUAACUUUACCAUGGGAGUUAUAAACGACGAUCUUCCGCCGAAUUAUGACGAUGUCACGAUUCAAGUUCCAACUGAUUCAGUACAGCCAGAUACACAAACUCAAAUUGGUGAUCCAUCGACGAGAAAUCACGUGAGAUUUGCUAACUCCAAUAGGGUCGUUGAAAUUGAAAGAUUACCAGAUUCUAUAAGUAAUAUGGAAAACUGCAUGAAAUCGUUGAAACGAAUGCUGUGCCUUGAGUGCUGUGAUACCAAUACUAGAAGAAAGCCAGAAAUAAUCAUAAUUGUCAGUUUUAUUAUUAUGAUGAUCGUUGGAUUUGUUCAAUUGGGAAUUGGGCUCGCUUCUGUCGUCGAGGGGAGCGCCGUAUCUAUUCUUUCAGGAAUUUUAUCACUAAAUACAUUCGGAAUAUGCAUGGUUAUAGGAGGUGUCCUACUUUCCCUGCUUAGUCUCCUUACUCUAAAGACGAUAAUAACUACAACGGACACAUUAAAUCUGAGUAUGACUGGACUUCGUACCCUACUUAUCGGGUAAGCUAUAUAUUUAAUUCUUUGGCAAUAUAUAGUACUGUGGGGUAAGAUCGAAUACCGUUUGACACACAUUAUCAU